UGGCCCUCAGGCCGCUCGUUAAGACUCUAAUGACCUCAAGGCCCCCAGAGGCGCUGAUGACCCACGGAGAUGAUCCCGCAGGCCUGGCAGCAGGGAAAUGAUCCAGAAAGUGCCACCUCAGCCCCCAGCCAUCUGCCACCCACCUGGAGGCCCUCAGGGGCCGGGCGCCGGGGGGCAGGCGCUAUAAAGCCGGCCGGGCCCAGCCGCCCCCAGCCCUCUGGGACCAGCUGCGUUCCCAGGCCGCCGGCAAGCAGGUCCUCACCCCCCGCCAUGGCCCUGUGGACGCGCCUCCUGCCCCUGCUGGCCCUGCUGGCCCUCUGGGCGCCCGCCCCGGCCCAGGCCUUCGUGAACCAGCACCUGUGCGGCUCCCACCUGGUGGAGGCGCUGUACCUGGUGUGCGGGGAGCGCGGCUUCUUCUACACGCCCAAGGCCCGUCGGGAGGCGGAGAACCCUCAGGCAGGUGCCGUGGAGCUGGGCGGAGGCCUGGGCGGCCUGCAGGCCCUGGCGCUGGAGGGGCCCCCGCAGAAGCGUGGCAUCGUGGAGCAGUGCUGCACCAGCAUCUGUUCCCUCUACCAGCUGGAGAACUACUGCAACUAGGCCGCCCCUGAGGGCGCCUGCUGCUCCCCGCACCCCAAAACCCAAUAAAGUCCUGAAUGAGC